AGUUUCAUAACUAAUAUGUAUAAAAAUAUUUUCAUAAAACCCUUUAAUUGCUUUUGUAGUUCAAAUAUAUUAUUAAAAGAAAAAAAAUCAAGUAAUAUAAAAAAGUUAUGUACAUCGGUUGAUAAUAUAUCUAAAUGGAAAGAGCCGGUCGGGUAUAACACAGGGAUUGAAAUAUAUAAUUGUGUAGCAAAGAAGAAGGUACCAUUAAUUUUAAGAAAUAAAAAUCUGGCCACAUGGUAUACAUGUGGGCCGACAGUGUAUGCGCCAGCACACAUUGGUCAUGCUGUUUGUUAUUUGAAUGUUGAUAUUUUGCAAAGAGUUCUUAGAAAUUAUUUUGAUAUAAAUCUCAUUACCGUUUUGGGUAUUACUGAUGUUGAUGAUAAAAUCAUUAACAGAGCAAGAGAGCAAGGAGAACUGCAUUCCGUACUCGCAAAACGAUAUGAAAAUGAGUUUUUGUCCGAGAUCAAAGCAUUUAAUAUUAGUCCAUCACACAUGAUUGCUAGAGUUACUGACUAUAUACCACAUAUAAUAUCAUUUACUCAAAAGUUAUUAUCAUAUGGUCAGGCAUAUAAAAGUGAAGGUGGUUCUAUUUAUUUUGCCACAAAAGAUUAUGAUAAAUAUGGAAAGUUGGAAAAUAUAAAAUUAGAUAAUAAGAAACAAGAAGGAAAGGAAUUUGCUUCAGAUUUUGCACUAUGGAAGGGCGCUAAAGAAAAUGAGCCUUAUUGGGAAGCACCUUGGGGUAAAGGACGACCAGGCUGGCACAUAGAAUGUUCAACUAUGGCUAGCCAUUUAUUAGGCCGUGUUGUAGACAUACAUGCUGGAGGAAUUGAUCUAAGAUUCCCCCACCAUGAAAAUGAAGAAGCCCAAAGUUGUGCAUAUCAUGACUGCGAUCAAUGGGUCAAUUAUUGGAUUCAUACAGGCCAUUUGCAAAUGAAAGAUUCUGGCAAAAUGUCUAAAUCAUUAAAAAAUACUAUUAGUAUAUCAGAAUUUUUGAAGAAAUAUUCUCCAGAUGUUUUAAGAACUGCUUGUUUAUUAUCACAUUAUCGAAGUCAUAUGGUAUACUCUGAAUCAUUCAUGGAUCAUGCUAGUGCAAUAUAUAAAAAAAUUCAUACAUUUUUAACAGAUUGUACUGCUUAUACAAAUGGAAUAAAGCCAAGAGUUGAUAUAGAUGAAGCUUAUUUAUUCUACCAAGUAGAUAUUAUGAAUAAAUCUAUAGAAGAGUCUUUAAAGGACGAUUUUGAUACUGCUAAAUGUAUGAGCUCCAUUUUAAGUCUAAUUGAUAUUGUUAAUAAAAUUAUCAAUAGCAAUAAAUCCAGUAAUCAAAACUAUAUAAUUGCUCAAAACUGUUGCAUUAUAGCAAUGAUACAAUCUUCUAUUGAAAAACAUUUAAAGCUUUUCGGAAUGCAAAUGUAUGAGGAGAAAACAACAGCAAACAUUGAUUACACAAGCAUAUUAAAUAGUGUUGUUCAAGUGCGAGAUGAUAUUCGACAAAUAGCCUUGAAGGAGAAUCGAAAAUCAAUGUUUGAGUUCUGUGAUAAAAUUAGGAAUGAUCUAAAGGCUUUGGGUAUAGAAAUAAAAGAUCAUGGUAAAGCUUCUUCUUGGUCUUUUGUAAAUCAGAAAAAUAAUUGAUAUAAAAAAAUUCUUUAUU